AUUGACAAGGGGUGCAGAAAAUAAUUAUUCUUUAAUCUUUUUAUGGGUAAUUAUUUAAGUGCUUAGAAUUUUCCUGCAAACAAAUAAUUGCACUUAGUGUAUGUUUUGAUAAUCCUUCUUAUCUUAAGAAUUCUUGUUUAUAAAUAUUCUUGUCAGUGACCACUUGAUGAUAAGUCUUGAACAGGCUGCUACAAAAAUCCAGGUGCAAUGUUGCCCAACCUCAGUUGUCGCCUAACCGUUGUACGAUGAAGAAUCGAUUCCUCUUGGCUUUAAUUUUUUUGGUGGUUGCGGUUUUAAUUUCUCAAUCAACCGCUGCUAAUAUAAGGUCGGGCGAUUUUGAUUUUUAUAAACUAUAUAAUGAUCCUGAGGCGCAUAUAAGUCUUAAGGGGAGACGCACAACAAGUGAUCGUAUGGCCGCCCAUGGAUAUCCGGCGGAACAUCAUCAUAUCGUUACCGAGGAUGGAUAUAUCGUAGGAGUUUUUCGGAUACCAUACUCCCAUAAACUACAAAAUCAGAAUGAGUACCGUCCCAUUGUGCUUAUUCAGCAUGGCUUGACGAGCUGCUCGGAUGCCUGGGUAUUGAAUGGCCCAGACGAUGGCUUGCCUUAUUUACUGGCGGAUGCCGGGUACGAUGUUUGGCUUGGAAAUGCUCGCGGCAACACUUACUCUAGGAAUCACACGAGUCUGUCCACAGAACAUCCGUAUUUCUGGCGAUUCAGUUGGCACGAGAUUGGUCACUAUGAUAUAGCAGCCAUGAUAGAUUACGCCCUCAAAACAAAUGGACAAGGUCAGAAGGCAAUCCAUUACGUGGGUCACUCACAGGGAACUACAGUAUUUUUCACGUUGAUGUCCACACGUCCCGAAUACAAUGAGAAGAUCAAAACUGCUCAUAUGUAUGCUCCCAUUGCGAUAAUGACCAACUUGGAGAACGCAUUUGUGCGCGCUGUGGCUCCUUAUCUGGGUCAACGAAAUGCAUAUUCUUUAUUGUUUUCCUGUCAAGAAUUUAUACCUAAUAAUGAUUUCUUGUUGGCGUUACUUUUUAACUUCUGUGAGCCGGAUCAGAUGUUGCGACCAAGUUGCGAGAAGGUAAUGGAAAAUAUUUAUGCUAAAGACCGUAAAAACAAGACUGCCUUACCCGAGGGAUUAGCAACACAUCCAGGCGGUUGUUCAACCAAUCAGAUGAUACAUUAUCUACAGGAACAACAGUCUGGACAUUUUCGGCAGUACGAUCAUGGAACAGCAAAGAAUCUGGAAAUCUAUGGUUCAGAAACACCACCCGACUACCCAGUUGAAGAAAUAACUUCUAAAGUUUACUUAUGGUAUGGACUCAAUGAUAAUCUUGCUGCAGUGGAAGACGUUCUCGCUUUGGCGGAUCGACUUCCCAAUAGAGAGGUGCGACUUAUUGAGGAUCCUCUAUGGGACCAUAUUGAUUUUGCAAUGAACAUGGAGGCUCGCAAAUAUUUAAAUGAUCCAGUUAUUGAGAUAAUGCAAGAGUUUGAGAAUGACAAUAAUUAAGUGUGAUUAUGUAUUAUUUAAAAAGUAUGUAGAUAUACAUAUAUUUUUAGAUUUAGCUUUAAAAUAUUUUUAUGUAUCAUUUAUCAACUAUUUCACAACGAGGAAAAACUGACGUAUACGUAAUUUUUCAUUUAGAUCAAUUUAUCUUUACGCGAAGAUAUGUAUUUUUUACAAAUGCCGAUGUUAUUAUCAUCACACAAAGAUCUUUAAUUUUACAAUGUACCGACUAACUGAAAAAAUACCUAUUUUCUAUUGUUGCUGACGUGAAAAGGAUUCGCUUCAAUUUAAUC